CGUCACUUUUGGCAGGUGAACUUGUAGACAAGAUGUCCUCUGUCUUCUUUUCAUUUUUACUGACAGGUGAUACGUUUAUUUUGAACUGUAACUAUGCUAUCAAUUAAUUUUCCACACUUAUAUCAGUUGCUCUAUUUUAUAGGUUGCCUGAUACAAAAUUUUGUGACCGGAAACUUUGGUAAGCUACUUUAACUCAUUGAGAUAAAUUUGUCUUGAUCUUCUGCUUUAUUACGGGAGUAAUUAUCUUAGGACUUGUUAAGAUACACUUAUUGAUGGUAUGUACUGUUAUUACUAUCAGCAAAAGAGCUUAAGAUCUUUUUUCACGAAGUUAUUGGUUUUGAUAUGGCAGACAGUGCUUCGACACAUUUCUCAGGCAGCAUUUCCCUUCGACUAAGCAAGGAAAAACUUCUUAAUUCAUUCGUGUUUUCAAAGCAUAUUCUUUCUCAUUCAAGCCACAAUUUCUUUCAAUCUCUUUUAAUCGUCUAUCGGUUUCCUCUGAGCCACCACUCCCUUGUAGAAAUUAAAGGUACGAGCAGACUAAUUAGAAUCGAAUUACCCUUUUUCUAGUAACAGUUCGAUUAGUUGGUGGUGGCGACCAAUUUGAAGGGCGGGUUGAAGUGUGGCACGAUGGUUCCUGGGGAACAGUUUGUGAUGACCAUUGGACACUUAAGGAAGCCAACGUGGUUUGUCGCCAACUAGGGCUGGAUCAAGCCUUUUCAGCGGUCCAGGGAAGAGUUUUUGGUGAAGGAAGUGGAAAGAUAUGGAUGGAUGAAGUGAAAUGUUUUGGAGAUGAAAGAAGAUUAUCAGAUUGUUCUUUUCCUGGGUGGGAAAGACACGACUGUAAGCAUUCUGAAGAUGCAGGAGUAAUUUGUAUGCCAGGUAAUAAAAAAUAUGCUGUAUACUAAAAGUUUGUUUUCGUGUUGCCAUUUUGCUUACUUUUUCUGUAUUUAAUUGUUCUGUUUUGUUUUGCUUUGUUUUUUUUACACUAAUAUACGUAUCGAUGAUUGCCUGGAUUGAGGGGAAGCCUUACAGCCCCAGUUAGUAAUCUUUUAUUGGCAUUCUUCUGACGCUAAAUUCAGGGCUAUUUUGAACAUGUUUACAUUAUUCUUUACGUCGUGAACUGAGUUUUUCUAAAAUCACAAAAAAGCUCGUCCUAGUUCAUGGAAAAGCACUUGGAAAUUACAUUUACCAAGCCUGCUGAAGCGUUCUCCAAACUUUAGGAAGCUUUGUAUUAAGACAGGUAACUAAGGUCUAAUUUGAAGUUGUCACUAAACCAAAUACGUUUGAUGAUUUUACUCUUUGGUUGUGUGGAUCAGCUUUUCCUGGCAAAUCGACGAGGUUUUGUUCGGUUGUUUUUCUCAAAAUUAGCAGAGAGAAAGUUAUUAAUUUAAUUCAUGCAUCGACUCAUGCAAUUAUUAGUUAACAGUUUACACUUUUGAGGGAUUAACAGUUAGUGUGGUGGUCAUCCACAUCAACCAACCCCAUCUAAGAUUAUUCAUCGCCUUGUCACGGUAAGUUCUUCCUUAGCCAGUCCCACUAUCUAACCGUUUGCUUCUCUCGUCGCUCAGUAACGCAAAACAAUAUUCCUUCCGCCUCAUCACCUCACUAUAGAAAAUAAACUCAAAAAUUAACUCAUGAUGGCAUCUUAUCUUUCCCAUUUGACAGUUCGAUUAAUUGGUGGAAGUAACCCAUUUGAAGGGAGGGUUGAAGUGUUUCACAGAGGCUCCUGGGGAACAGUGUGUGAUGACCAAUGGACGAUUGAGAAUGCUAACGUGGUUUGCCACCAACUUGAUUUCGAGCAUGCUUCGAAAGCAGUCACGUCGGCACGUUUUGGUCAAGGAACUGGAAGUAUAUGGAUGGAUAACGUGAAUUGUGUUGGAAAUGAAAGAAAAUUGUCAGAGUGUAAACAUCAGGGAUGGGGAAUACACAAUUGUGGCCAUAGUAAGGACGCAGGUGCAAUAUGCAUCAUGCCAGGUAAACAGGAAAUGCCCACGCUGAAAAAUUUUCUUACUAUUGCCACUGACCUUCCCUGGUUCUUCCUUUUAUCAUAAUAGUGUUUCCACGAGAGGACCGGGCAGGCGUGACACAUGCCAUCUCACCCAUUUCUAUCAAACUCUCGCAGUUUAUGAGUGUCACUAAGUUAUAAUUAUUCAAGAAUCCAUAGUAGUUCGGGUUCCCGGCUUAUCCCUGGGGCAUUAGAGCCCCCACAUUAAAUCCCUGGGGUGAAAGGCUAAAAUUACAUCGAAAAAUCACUUUCAACGAAUCUCUUUCAUACUUACAGAAUGCGAUGGAUUCUAAUCUCAUUAUGUCCGACGGUUGUUUGGACCUCAAGGCAACAAUUCCUUAAAGUUGGGGUAAUUAAAUAAAGCAUCUGUCAAUUUAGAGCAGUCAGUCAUGAAUUGUGUCAUACAACUCCCCCCAAAUAAGGAAAAAGUUUGCAAUUAAAAAUCCUUAUGUUUUCUUUUUCGGAAGAGUUGUGUGACACAGUUAAUGAUUAACUACUCUAAAUUGACAGAAAUUAUAUCAAAUUACCCUAACGUUAAGUAAUUGUUUCCUUAAGGUUCAAACAACCAUUAGACACAAUAAGAUUAAAAUCUAUCGCAUACUGUCAGUGUAACCCUCAUAAACUGUGAAAGUUUGAAAGAAAUGGCUGAGAUGGCAUGUGUCACGCCUGCCUGGUCCUCUCGUGGACACACUCUUUAAGAACAUUUCGUAAUAAAAAGACAGAAUCUUUUUAUUUUCUCUUGGUAAUAAUGAUUUCAUCAACUUAGGCAAGCCUAAAACUUAGCCCCGAUUAGUCAAACUGUGGAGCUUGUUUGAUUUUUGAUUGGUUAUCCACUAAUCAAAUCAACCAACCCAUCCGUGAAAAUUCUCAAUCGGUCAGUCACAGCAUUUCUCCCUCAGCAUAUCCCUUCGUCUGAGCGAGGAGAAGAUUGCAAUUAUCCGCGUCGUAAAGGAAAUUUUUCCUUCUUUUAGCCAAAAUUUAUUGCAGUUUCCUUUACGCGUCUAUUGGUAUUACAAGACGAUAACCCCUUGGCACCACCAUUCUUCUAGAGAAACUAAAUUUGCGAACGUAUUAACUAUAGUCUAAUUACUUUUUUUAUGUGGCAGUUCGAUUAGCUGGUGGAAGUAACCCAUCUGAAGGGAGGGUUGAAGUAUUUCAUAAUGGUUCCUGGGGAACUGUAUGUAAUGACUACUGGACAAUUAAGGACGCCAACGUGGUUUGCCGACAGUUGGGUUUUACGGGUGGAGCUUUGUCCGCGAUUACUUCUGCAAGUUUUGGUCGAGGAAGUGGAAAAAUAUGGAUGGAUAACGUUGAUUGUGAUGGAAAUGAAAGAAGGUUAAAACUGUGCAAUCAUGUUGGUUGGGGACAACAUAACUGUGACCAUGAUGAAGAUGCAGGCGUUUUAUGUAUCCCAGGUAACUGGAAAAUACCCUUUACAUUGUAAUUCAUUGUUUAUAAAAUGUAAUAACAUAGCGCGCAUGCUUGCCCUCUAUCAGUCCCAUUGAGCCGCUACGAACAAAAUCUUUAUUUACGCACGCCCGUGCGUAAAUAAGAUGACGUGAGCAUUUUUUUCACCUGGCUUCAGAGUUUCCGUCCCGUUAAGCUGCCGUGCAGUUUUCCCUCUCUUUGAAAGAUGGAAGAAACCAGGGAAGAACUGCCCAAUUUUUCUAUCGGCAUUGACCUUUUAGGUCCUUAUCCAACGAGCAACAAAAAUAUAGCCGAAAAAACUCGCAAGUUGCAUGUUUCGUAAAUUUGUCGGAAGACCAGCUGCAGCAUAUGUGGCCGAAAGACAUUCACUAGGAAUAAAAAAAUUCACCAACUGGCCAUUAAUAACAUUUAAAGGUAAAAUUUCCGUUGUAAUUGUUGUUUUUAAAUUUAUUCCACCUGGGGAAUAAAGUACACAGUUGUUAAUUGGAAAUUUACCAAAACCAAAACAAUCAAAGCCGCAAAAAAUCUAAAUCUAAAACCGUUUCUCCGCUUUUCAUACACAGUUAUCGGUUAACUGGAUCAAAUGUUCUCGUUCAAACCAAAGUAUAAAAUGUGGCGUGUUUUUGACCAGCCAAUAGGGACGUUUGUUUACUUUUUUGUGCAUUGUGAGAAUUUUUGCACUCUAUCACAAUAAAAGACUUCUUGGCGCAGAUCCUUGUUGUCGCUCUCUUAUAAAAGAAUUUGCUCAUGCUUUUAGCUGUGCGUAUAUCGAGUUAUGGAUGCACUUGGGAAGUUUGGAGAGCAAAAAGCUAGAGUUGCUCUCGGCUGCGCCUCGAGCUACUCUUACGCAUUUCUCGUGCUCUCCAAACUUCCCGCGUGCAUCCAUAACUCGAUAUACGCACGCUCUCCCCAUACCUCUUCCCUCCCAAGAGUUUAAAUGGGUACUGGUAAAUUGUCAGGGAAGCCUGAUGAAAUAUUGGGGCGUAAUAUUGUUGCGAUGGAUUACUAUCCCAUCUAGGGAGGAGUGAUAAUACUCCUAGUUGCUUCUUGUUAAGGAAGCCGGGAUAAACUCUGACUGGGUGGUUCACUUGUCAUGACUAUAGACUUGACCUUUUUUCUCUAACCAUCAUUUCCCCAUAGAAACUGAAGUCACAAACUAAUCAAUGAUAGUCAAUUACCUUCUUUUGUAACAGUUCGAUUAACUGGUGGAGGCAACCUACAUGAAGGGCGGGUUGAAGUGUUUAAUCGAGGCUCCUGGGGAACAGUGUGUGAUGACCAUUGGACAUUUAAAGAAGCCAACGUGGUUUGUCGCCAACUAGGAUUCGAAGCUGGAGCUUCCGAAGUGGUCAGGUCUGCAGAUUUUGGUGAAGGAAUUGGAAAUAUAUGGAUGGCUGAGGUAAAUUGUGUUGGACAUGAACGACGACUAAUAGAUUGUAAUCAUCUCGGACCGGGAAAACACAACUGUGACCAUAGCAGGGAUGCAGGCGUUAUAUGUAUUCCAGGUAAUUACAAAAUGCCUUGUACUAUAGAAUUCUGUGGGCUUCUCCUAGUAUUUCCUUUAACUUCGAAAAGAUCAUCUAAUAAGGAUACAUAGAUUCAAGCUAGCUUUAAAACUGAAGCCCAGUUAAUCAAUUCUUAAUUACUGACGGAAAAGUUAAGUUUGAUUCAAGGCUCGAUGGUUUUUUCAUGCUUGUAUACAGUUGCCCUCUGUAAGAAAUUCUGCAGAGUUUUGUUAAGUAAGGCUUCUUUCUAACAUUUGACUGCAUUCAUUCGUCAUUUCACAGUUAGAUUGGUUAUUGGCAGACAAAUCACAAAGUUGCAAGGGCGGGUGGAGGUGUUUCACAAUGGAAUCUGGGGAACAGUUUGUAAUGACGACUGGGACAUAAAGGAUGCCAACGUAGUUUGCAGUCAACUUGGAUUCGUGAAAGCUGUAGAAACACCGAGUUCCUAUGUAUACGGUACAGGAUCCGGGCAAAUAUGGUUGGACAAUGUUAACUGUGUGGGGAACGAGAGUUCACUAGCAGAGUGUGAUCAUAACCAGUGGGGAACACAUGACUGCUCUCACUCUCAGGAUGUAAAUGUAGUUUGCGCUCCAGGUAAUAACAGCAGUCUCGAUGCUGUUUAGAUGCAUUCAUUCGUCAUUUCACAGUUCGAUUGGUUAUUGGUAGACAAAUCACAAAGUUGCAAGGGCGGGUGGAGGUGUUUCACAAUGGAAUCUGGGGAACAUCUCCAAAAUCUCGUUUCAGCUCACAUUCACACAAUGUGUCUGUUUAAGUUGCCAGCUCCAGUGUUUAAAACACUUUUUGUACUAGAAGAAAAGGUAAAAUACCAAGUAUUUCAGUGCUCGUAGAUUAGACAAAAUGAGCUAAGUCUGCGUUGAUUUGAAACUGGAUAUCCCAGGAUUAUGGGCGCGCGUGGUAAUUCGUGAUGGACGUGACAAAACUACCUUCACUGUUAAGUAGCUUCCAUUUACGUAUAUAUUUCAACUUUUCCAUUUUUGGUAAUUAUUUCUUCCUUGCGGGUUUUCAUAAUGCCUGGCUUACUUUCAUUUUGAAAAAUAGAAUGACAACGGUGUAAUAUGAACUUAACUUCACAUAGGCUUUAACAUUUGUGCGUUUUUUUUUAUUUCCAAAGGUCCUCACUAUUCGCCUCCUACUCCUCCUAAACCUAAAGGUAUGUACUUUACUUUUAUUGCGAAAAAGUACCAGCAAACAAAUUGUGGCGAAAAUGCUUUCUCUAAAGGACAAGUUUGCGCUCCAGGUAAUAACAGCAGUCUCAAAGUCUCGUUUCAGCCCACAUUCACACUAUGUGUGUUUAAGUUGCCUGCUCCAGUGUUUAAAAUACUUUUUGUACAUGAUCAGAAGGUAAAAUGCUAAGUAUUCCAGAGCUCGUAGAUUAGGGAAAAUAAGGUCAGGAAUCUGCGUUGAUUUGGAACUGGAUAUCCAAGAAGUAUAUGCGAGCGUAGUAAUUCUUGAUGGACAUGACAAAAAUACCUUCAUUGAUAAGUAGCUUCCAUUUACGUAUAAUUUUCAACUUUUCCUUUUUUUUUUGGUAAUUGUUUCUUCCUUGCUGGUUUUCAAAAUACUCAGGCUUACUUUCAUUUUGAAAAAUACAAUGACAACGAUGUGAUAUAAACUUAGCUUCACAUAGGCUUUAACAUUUGUGCCUUUUUUAUUUCUAAAGGUUCUUACUCCUCGCCUCCUAUUUCUCCUAAACUUAAAGGUAUGUACUUUAUUUUUAUUGCGAAAAAGGACCGGCAAACAUGUUGUGGCGACAAUUCUUUCUAUAAAGAACAAGCAAUAUUUGUUACGUUCUUCGUGUUUUCGAAUUUUUAGAUGUUACUGUCUGAGAAAUAUUUAGAGGUUGGGAACAUAGGUCAACUUGGUAUCCUUGGUGAGAUAUUCCAAAAGCAAAAUAAGUUUUUGCUAUUGCUUUUUGUUCCUUUUUUAUUUCAAUUAGUUAGUCCGUGGAUUUCUUUCGGUUGUUUUAACUGAACGCAUAGCAAAACUUACCUCUUUAAAGACAUAAAUUUUCAAGACUCAGAGGCCACAAAUGGUACCCCUCUGAAACACUGGUAUCAAAUGGCAGAAGCGAAACUAGUUUGGAUCUUGGAACAUCUUACCAAGGACAACAUAUAUAGUGAGUUUUAGCAAAAGCGGUUAACCCGUGUUUCCAUGCCUUGGAACACUUUCUCAGACAGUGACACACUUAGAAAAAAACAGGACUAUUGUCACUCAUACUGGGCACUUCAAAUUUAUUGAAGGAGAUUGGCGCUUCGAAAAAGUAUCAUCUUUAUCCGAAUUCGGAAGCCGCCAUUUUUGUACCUUGCUAAACUGCCAGGCCGCUUAAUUAUUGGGCAACAAAGCUUCACUCCUAUUUUUUUCAAUUUCUUGGCGAUCUACUCGAAUCGUUAGAAGUGACACAAAAGGAAUUUUUUGUCUCAAAUGGUUACCUAGAGAAGCAUGUCUUUGUGAACUUUCAACUGAACAACGACCAUUCAAAUGGGAUGGAUGAAAAUGGCUGUAUAAUCUUAGGCACAAAGAAAAUGACAACCACAAGUGUAUAUAUAUAAGUGUAUAUAUAAUAUAUAAAUUUAGCCGAACCUAAAAGCGGAGCUCGAAUUUUUUUUCCCGCACGUCUUAAGCGCACAACGCCUUGCUCCGGCCAGGACUAGAACCCGGGUCAUCCGACUCGGAGCUCAGUGCACUGACCACUAGACUACUGGACAAAGCCGUGGUGUUGGUGUGCCUGCGGUACAAUUGACCACGCAUGUUAAAAGUAGUAUCUUGUACGGUCGAUCGCAGGGUCGUACGGUCGUAAGUCCAAAUUUUUUCGGCUUGAUGGGUUACUACUAUUUGUAUAAUUAUGGGGCUACGCUCUGCGAGCUCCGCUAUAAAUCAAAAUCAUCGAGUGGGAGGCAAGACCGUGGUCGUUCCCCCUGAUGCGACCCGCGGGUGAAAAAGGGUGGGUAAAAACAAAGGCGAGUUAUCAGGUCCAAGGCUAGCUAACAGUGAUGCAGUCGAUAACAAAACCAGCGUCCAUGAUAGAGGCACAGUUAAUGUAUAACUAACGGUUGCUACUUAUUAUAUUGCCAUUGGACAGUAUCCAAUACCUCACAUAUAACUUCUUAGUUUCAGGUGAAAGCAAUUCACAGCUUUUUGUCGGUACCAUUAUCACUUUGUUCCUUUUUAUUCUCGUGUUAAUCGUGGUAAUUGGCCUCCUGAAGUGGCAACAGAGGCAAAAAGUACGCGCUGAGAGGAGAAAUGCUGAAGCACGUCUGCAAAGACCUCGACAUGCUGAUACUGCGAUUCGUCCUCCAGAGUACGCACAACUGACUGGACAACAAGAACAGACAUACGAGAACGUAAGAAAUUUGAGCCCCCUUUUUCGUUUAACUUUACAAUGAAUUUUCCAGUUUUGCUGAUAACAGAUAUGAAAAUACGAGGCGUUGAUGGCGUCUCACUUUCGCGUUCUGUUAACCAGUUUCAAUUAAAUUUCUGCGUCCGUUAACUCAUGUUCGCCUUCUUCCUUUUGCAGGUGUUUCCAGGAAAAACACCAAUCUAACAUCCCAAAAUGCUUAGUUGAAAUCACUGAAGACAUCUAAUAGUUGCGCGUAUAUAACACUAGCUUCUUGCUAACCGAGGGUGACGGCCGGGAAUAUUGGCUCGAGGUCGUUUUGAUACGGACCGAUCGCAGCGAGGUCCGCACAUAAACGACCCAGGGCCAAUAUUCCCCAGUACGGCCUGAGGAAGUGAGGUUUUUUUUUAAUAGUUAAUUACAUGGCGCUCGGGCUAAACUUGUUUAUUUCGAAUUUGCCGACUUUCGAGAACAAAACUACGCCACCGUUUCCGUGGAAUCGGUCCGUAUGGCAAAUCCUUAACCAAGUAUCAGAGCGCUCGGGUUCACCUUAGAAACUCUUGAGAAAUAACAAACACCCUUAUAUUUCUUUUAAGUAAAGAUAAAUUUUUUGGUUAUAUUUGUAUAUCAGAGUAGACCAAUAAGGAAGGUAUAAAUACAUUAUUAGAUAAUAAAAUGGAGAAAGUCUUUGCUGAAACAGAAAACCAAGGAAAACUUAAUUUACCUCCAGCGCUGGAAAACGCGAGCGAAGAAUUUGCGAUCGGUUUUGGAUUUGCAUCUGAUUGAUUGAUCAGGUAGUGAGAGAUUUUUUAGGCCAAUGGUCGAGGAUUUUGAAGGAAAACCAGAGUGGCCUUUGCAUUACUUCUGGCUCACAAUUGAAAACUGCUUCGUUUGUAUGGUUACAAGUUUGUACAGUAAUAGCACUGCAGCUAAGUCAUUGAGAUAAUGUCCUGGGUGAAAAAAGAAAGAAAGGGUUUCGAUUAGGGAAAUAAGCUUGUAGUCUUCAAUUAAAUUUAAGCUGCGAAUAACGCAAUUUUUUUGGCCGUAAUAUUAAAGCCUCCAAGGAAUAUCUUAGAUUUGAAAAUAAAACCGCCAUUUUUUUUAUAUUCAUUGUAUGCAUGAUCAACAUAUUUAUACUUAAGUGUAAUUUAAAUACAUGUAGAAAAAAACAUAAAGAAAUUGCUGACAAGAAGCCUGAUCCCAGGCUUCGACGGGAUUCAAACCCGCGCCUCCCAGAAGCUAGUUCCACGCAAUUUGACAACAAAGCUACCAAGGUACAUGUUAGGAGCGAGACAGAUUUCAUGUACUACGUUCUUUGUGACAGGAAAUGAGUCUGGUUUAAUGAGAUAUAAACAAUCCGAUCUUGUAAGUGUUGAUCCGCUUUAGUGACAGGAAAUCCGAUAAUCUUAACUUUAUCUUAACUCAGAGUAAGUCACUGGGCCCUCCGAAAUGGGAGCAUAAAAACUUAUAUUAGAACAGAAUGAAAACAAGUGAGUGCAUGAAGUUCAGAGAUUCAGAAAGCCAUAUCUUGGGGAUAUCAUAAAGUUCAUAAAGGUAACGUAAUGGUUAAGAAAAUCGACAGAGGUCUUUGUUAAGGAUUUUUUUUGCCGUUUUUCGGACGCGCAAUGCGUUAA